UCCCCGUUGGGGUUGGAGAUGUGGUACAAGACGCCAUCGAAAUCUGCAGCGGAGACGGACAAACGUUAGCGGCCGCAGUGUCCCACUGAAGAGGAGUUAAAGGGACCGAGGCUGAUCGUUUCCCUCCUUUGAGGCUUCAGGUUAACAAUGAUCCCAGACUCGGCUGCUGGAUAGCUUGCCGUCAGACAAUGUCACAGUGUGGAAAGGAGCGAAGGUCAACGUUUUUUCUUACAUGCGAGCAGCAGCAGCAGCAGCAGCAUGUUGCAUUUUAACCACCUCAGCCUGUUACACGGUUCGUUCUUCAGUCUUCUCUGACACAGAGAGGCAGAAGAGUUGUUUUUUGUUUUUUUUUUUUAAACUAUUUUUCACAUCGAAACAAAUCCUCACAUGGUGAUUUGACACAGCAGCAAAAGUUGCUCGACACAAUGGCAGCGGACGACACGGCGGGGAGUGGAGACCGAUCGGAGGGGGAGAAGGAUGUGGAAGUGCCUGCAUCUGGAGACACUAAAGGACAUGAAGACGGGGAUGCAGAGAUGGGUUUGUCUGCCCGUGAGGCUCCGGCUAGCUCUGAGGAUCCCACGGAGGAAGCCAGGAGUCCCAAGAAGUGGAAGUGGGCCGUGAUGUUCUUGUGUUUGUACGGCUUCAUGGCAUCGGUGAAGCCUGGGGAGCCCUUUAUUACGCCGUAUCUGCUGAGCGCUGAGAAGAACUUCACCAGGGUGCAGGUGACCAAUGAGAUCACUCCGGUGCUGACGUACUCCUACAUGGCGGUGCUGGUGCCGACCUUCCUGCUGACGGAUCUUCUGCGCUACAAGCCGGUCCUGGUCCUCCAGGGCCUCAGCCAAGUGGCCAUCUGGGUCCUCCUGCUCUUGGGCACCACGCUGCUUCAGAUGCAGUUCAUGGAAUUCUUCUACGGCAUCACCAUGGCCUGCCGCGUGGCCUACUCCUCCUACAUCUUCUCGCUGGUCAACCCGGUCAUGUACCAGCGCGUGGCGGGAUACUCGCGCGCCUCCACCCUGCUGGGGGUUUUCAUCAGCUCUGCGCUGGGACAGCUGUGCAUGUCUCUGGGCAACAUCACCUUCUACACCCUCAACGCCAUCUCGCUGGGGUUCGUCAGCUUCGGCCUGCUGCUCGCGCUGUGCCUGCCGUGGCCCAAACGCUCCCUGUUUUUCAACCGGACAAAGAAUCAGGAGCAAAGGGAGCUGGCACCAGUGGUGUCUAAAUCCGAACUGGACCAAAUGAACCCCAAACAGGGAGUUUCUGCGUCACGCUGGAAACACUCUGUUUUUGUGGCGAUGCUGCUGGAGCUGAGAAACGUGGUGAAGAGGCCCAACCUGAGACUCUGGUCGCUGUGGUGGGUGUUCAACUCCACGGGGUAUUACCUCGUGCUGUUCUACGUGCACAUCCUGUGGAGCAAAGUGUCUGACAACCAGAAAGUUUACAACGGGGGAGUGGAGGCAGCUUCUACCCUACUGAGCGCGAUCGCCUCCUUCAUGGCGGGCUACAUUAAAAUUCGGUGGAACGUGUGGUCAGAGCUGGUCAUCGGCGUGAUCACGGGGGUGCAGGCCGGUCUGCUGCUCCUCAUGGGCAACACGGGCGACAUCUGGGUCUGCUACGUCUCCUACGUCCUCUUCAGGAGCUUCUACCAGUUCCUGGUGCCCAUCGCCACUUUCCAGAUCGCCUCGUCGCUCACCAAGGAGCUCUGCGCCCUGGUGUUCGGCAUCAACACCUUCCUGGGGACGAUACUGAAGACCAUCAUCAGCCUGAUAUUUGUUGACAAGAGGGGUCUGGCGCUGGAUGUGGGCUCUCAGUUCAUCGUCUACUUCAUUUACUUCGCCAUUCUUACCGUCGUCUACCUUGUGUGCGCUGCUGUCGUCAUCGUCCGUCACUACAGAAACCGGGACGGGGGAGGAGGCGGGGCCGGCGACCAGGCCACGCCCACUGAGCUCAGCCCCGUGGCUGAAAAUUCAGAGGCAGAGCCUUUAUCUAACGGCAAAAGUGCCAAAUCAUAAAGAUAAGGGAUGUGUGUCGCCCUGUAACUGCUGUCUGUUAUCUAGUUGUGUUAAUAAGCCGUUCAGACUGAGUGGGAUCAAUCGUUUUUUGCCCUCUGACGGAGAGGCGUGUUCAGCACUGGCCUUAAUCAUAAAAGUGCCUCAUCUGCUGCUUAACCUUCCUGCACUACACAAGUCAGCUUGUGUCUGACGUCUGGGGGGAGGUUUGUGUCUGUGUGCGACGAUCAGGUGUGACAAGAAGAAGAAGACAUUUAAUGAAUAAUGCGGCGAAGCACAAGAUGGCAGCGUGCUUCAGUUUCAUGAACAAACAUUUUAAUCAGGAAAGUCUUCAGACCCUUUCACAUUUUUACCAGCCACGACUGUUCCUGUGUGUUUCUGUGGACAGAUUUUGUCAAAAAAAAAAAGAUGCUGUUACAGGACUUCCAGGUGUGACACCAAAGUGAAAUUUGAAGGCGAAAAAGUAAAGAAAUACGACAUUUACGGGAUUUCCACUUCACCUACUAGAGAUUGUGGGAGUGAAGCUAGAGAGAGGAUGGAUUAUUUUACUUUCUUUCAUUCCCCCCAUAAGUAUCUUUUCAAUUGUUCUCAUCUAAACAUGACUGAACCAAAGGAGCGCUUUGGUUUCUUUCAACCCCGGGUGUUUCCAGGUAUUGUGGCCGCUGCUUCUUUCACCGUCUUCCAACUCGGCCUUCAAACGCUGUAAAGCUCAAAAUCUGUCCACAGACUCAAACAGAAGGCGAAAGUAAAGUACGCCUCGCUGUCACCGCUGGUAAAGAAAGGCAGGACAAGCUAGUUGGAUCAUUCCCCAGAGGAAGCGAGGCCGUAUUUAAGGGUCGGACCACCCCUCAGACUUCCUGUACACGAGGUCACAUCAUCGUCACAAGUUGUGUGCCUCAAGUUUUUUCCCCCAAACUACAAUUUUGAGUCACCGUAUUGGACAGAAAUCUGUGUUUUCUGUUAUUUCUGACCAACAAAAAUCUCUUUAAUGCUUGACUAAAUGAAACUCAGAUUAGCCAAACUGUUUCUAAAAUCAUUUCAUUUCGAUGUCACGAAGGGCGACCAGCAGAAAUUCCCCCACGCAGGAACAAAACUGAGUAUAAUCAGGCCUUAGUUUUUAUCUGUAAAUGGGAUAUUUCCAUCUUGGAUUUCUCUUAAAUGUCCAGCACAGUUCGAUAACGUGUCCUUGGGGCGGUUGCUGUGGAGAGUCUGGAAACUUCCUGUGAACCCAGAGCGGGACCUUUUUAUUUUUAUUUUUAAAUGCAAUGACCAGAACAUUCUUUUAUUUUUUUGUAUUCCAAACAUGAAACAAAUACGUAGAAAUCACAGCUGCAACCUGCUGGACUUUCCUCUUUCUGCCUUUCUAACAUCUACACUCCUAUUUUACCGAAUGUUACAACUACUGCAUGUCAGUGCAUUUAAAAACAACAACAACAAAACAGACUACUACUACGAGUAUGAUCGCGCUUUAGUUACUGGUAGUGGUUCUCACAUCAGAUCAUUAAUAUCUGUCUGCAGCUUUCAUACAUGAUUUAGCUGUAAUUAAUGUAGAAGCAGCACAACGAAGACAUUUAAUCUGUAUUUAAUUCAGUUUCUUUUUAAUGUAGCUUAGCUGCUUGUCCGGCGGCCAUUUUGGCAGCAACAAACCACCACAAAGUACUCUUUAGACCCGGUCGUCCUUUAUUUUUUUUUUGGGUUAAAGGACGACCGUUUUUACUUGCAGUGUUACUCGAUCCAACAGGAAAACGAAAGCUGAGCGGCGACACGGAGGUCCGCGUUUGUCAUGUUCACCGAGUUUUAGCGGGACUACGUUGCUUCCAUUCAGAAUGUACAGAUGUUUGUUUUAUUUUGAUUGAAAUAAUUGCUGAGAAAUGACUGUGAACCUGUCCGAAUGCUGUAAGAAAAACAAUCAGAUGUUUAUUUUUUAUUCACAAAUAAAUUACGUUUGGUGGACGAAAAAA